UUCACCUGCUGGUCAAGAAGAAGAAGCAUCACCCGAGCAGAGUGGGGCUACGAUAGGCGUGGCGAUGCCUAAGAAGUUCCAGGGUGAGAACUCGAAGUCGGCAGCGGCGCGAGCUCGGAAAGCUGAGGCUAAAGCUGCAGCAGACGCAAAGAGACAGCAGGAGCUGGAGGACGCACUGUGGCAGGAAAGCGACAAACACGUGCUGAAGAAAGAACAGAGGAAGGAUGAGCGGGAGAAGAAGCGACUGGAGGCUUUGGAGAGGAAGAGAGAGAACCAGCGUCUCCUGGAUGAAGAGGAUUCGAAGCUGAAGGGCAAACAGAGCCGAGACGCACUGAGCAAAGUGACACGAGCUCAGAUCGAGCAGAACCUCGACCGAGAACACGCGCAGAGAGACGCCGAAAAGAAAGAGAAGAGUCAUCUGGAGAUGCCACUGGAGGAGAACAUUAACCACGUCUUUCCUGAAGAAGACUCGGCCCGGACUAUCGAGGAUGCAAUCGCGAUGCUCAGCACUAAGGAGGAUGUGGACCGCCACCCCGAGCGGAGGAUGAAGGCGGCCUACACUGCGUUUGAGGAGGCCAACAUGCCGCGUCUGAAAAUGGAGAACCCCAACAUGCGCCUGUCUCAGCUCAAACAGCAGCUGAAGAAGGAGUGGACGAAAUCUCCAGAGAACCCGCUGAACCAGCGCUUUGUCACCUACAACACCAAGUAACCACGCCUACACGGCAACAUCUCAGAGACUGACCCGCCUACCACAGGGUCUGCGCCGCCCAGACGACCCGCCCAGACGUCUGACUCCACAGAUUCAUAUUUAAGAUCCAGUUUGUGCCAAACUCAGAUUUCACACUCGCAUUCAGAAGUGGAUCAGUUCAUUUUAUUAUUAGUUUUGUUUGUUAAAAUAAAGCAGAGUGCACUUGAGUCACAUUUGGACCCUGAGUUUUAGACGUUGAUGUGCGUCUGAGCAAUAAGCCCCACCCCCGCUCUACAGUAGUGUUAAUCCUCAGAGACGAGGUUCUGACUCCUGCAAGUGAAAUGUAGUGACAUUAUUAAACUGCUGAGCAAACUGA